AUGUCGCGAACGGCCUUAAAGUCCUCGAAAUUGUUGAAUUUCGCCAACAUCUACCAAAGCCUGUCGAAGCGCUACGCCUCGAAGCUAGUCUACAAGGAAUACGGGGACCCAGUGAAAGUCAUCCUCAAGGAGGAGGACCCCGAACUGUCGCCCGGGCCCAAAGAGGUGCUCGUCAGGAUGCUGGCGGCCCCCGUCAACCCCGCGGACAUCAACACGAUACAGGGAAAGUACCCUUCGAAGCCCCCUUUACCGGCCAUACCCGGCAACGAAGGGGUCGGAGUGGUGGAAAAAGCGGGCCCGGAAGUCAGUACGAUCGCCGAAGGCGACCGAGUAGUACCGCUUACUGCUAACCUAGGCACGUGGCGAACGCACCUGGUACUACCCACGAGUAAUGUCUUGAAAGUACCGAAAACCCUAGGAUUAGUCGAGGCUAGUACUCUUACGGUGAACCCUUGUACGGCUUACAGGAUGCUGAGGGACUUCGCCCCUUUGAAACCCGGUGAUACGGUUAUACAAAAUGGCGCUAACUCGGCCUGCGGGCAGAACGUGAUACAAAUUUGCAGAUCGUGGGGCAUCAGGACUGUGAACGUAGUACGAAACAGGCCCGAAAUCGACCAACUUAAAGCCUAUCUAACGGAUUUAGGGGCCACUUACGUUCUCACCGAAGAAGAAAUACGAAGUACCAAAAUAUUCCAAACGGAGAAACUAGACAAACCGAAGUUGGCCCUGAACUGCGUAGGAGGCAAAAGCGCCUUAGAAAUAAUGAGAUAUUUGCAAAAUGGUAGUCCGAUUGUGACGUACGGUGGCAUGUCUCGGGAACCCCUCACGGUACCCACUUCCGCAUUGAUUUUCAAAGACAUACAGGCCGUAGGUUUCUGGAUGACUCGAUGGUCGAAGGAAAACAGCGACUCCGUCGAGCGAUUGGAAAUGUUCGAGGAAUUGAUCUCGAUGAUGACCAACAACGAUCUGAAAGGUCCCGCUUACGAAAUGGUGAAAUUCGACAAUUACUCGGAAGCCCUCAUGAAUACCAUGACGGUUAAAGGGAUGAUCGGGAAAAAGUUUAUUUUAGAUUUCAGUUAA